ACCACCCCCACCCAGCCUCACCGCCGAGCCGAUCUCCGACGACCGCCGCCAUGUCGCCCGCCGCCGCGCUCCUCCUCCGCCCCACCUCUGCCACGACGCACCCGCUCCUCCACCUAUCCAGCCCCAAAUCCGUCGUCCUCCGCCUGCACCCGUCUCGCCGCCGCCUGCCCGUGCCGCGCCUCUCCCUCACGCCCACCACCUCCAGCAACAGCAACAAUUCCCCUACCCCGCCGUCCCCUCCGGCCCCCUCGCCCGAGCCCGCGGCCCCUCCUUCCCUGUUCGCAAAUUGGUCCCCGCCGCGCGCGAUCUGGCGGGGCCUCUCGGCGCUGCUCCUUGCGGGGCAGGUCUUCCACCGCGUCCUCACGGGCCGCGUCCACCGCCGCAACCUCCUGGCGCAGCUCCGCCGCGUGGGUCCAGGGAGCGCGGGGGUCGCGCUCCUCACCGCCGCCUUCGUCGGCAUGGCCUUCACCAUCCAGUUCGUGCGCGAGUUCACGCGCCUCGGCCUCCACCGAUCCGUCGGCGGCGUCCUAGCCCUCGCGCUCGCGCGCGAACUCUCGCCGGUCGUCACGGCCGUCGUCGCCGCCGGCCGCGUCGGCUCCGCAUUCGCCGCCGAGCUCGGCACCAUGCAGGUGUCCGAGCAGACCGACACCCUCCGCGUCCUCGGCGCCAACCCCGUCGACUACCUCGUGGUCCCACGCGUCCUCGCCUGCGUGCUUGCGCUCCCGGUGCUGACACUGAUCAGCUUCGCGCUUGGCCUCGCCUCCUCGGCAUUCCUGGCCGACUCCAUCUUUGGCGUCAGCGUCAGCAUCAUUUUGGAGUCGGCGCGCAGGGCGCUGCGGCCAUGGGACUUGAUCAGCUCCUUGCUGAAAUCUCAAGUGUUUGGUGCCAUUAUCGCGGUGGUGAGCUGUGCCUGGGGUGUCACAACCCAUGGAGGAGCCAAGGGUGUUGGCGAGUCUACAACAUCUGCAGUGGUCGUUUCUCUGGUUGGGGUUUUCAUUGCAGACUUUGCUCUGUCCUGCCUGUUCUUCCAGGGUGCUGGUGAUUCGCUCAAGUAUGCAAUGGGUUGAGGCAGGGCCAUUGCAGAGGAAAUUUUUGCUUUGUAGGAGCGUAGCAUAGUCUUGUACAUUAACAAGAAUGGUGCAGCGGAUUCAAAUAGGCGAACAAUGCAACAUCAGCCACUCUCCAGAUGUUUUAUUCUUUGGGGUGACUACAUGCUGGAAUUUUCCGGUUGAGCGUGCACACUAUUGGUAUCCUAGAUGCUUCAGCCAUUGCAUCAUCAGGAUGUGUCGGAUGUGUUUCAACUGCCUCUCUGGAAUGACGAAUUGGACUAUUUCACCUUCACUUAUAUUUGGUUAAAUUUCACCAUUAUUUGUUUGUCAUGCUACCUAGGUAGGUUCUACUCUUCCUCCAAAAAAAGAAGUUAACAGGAUUACUGCAUCAUCUGGACAUGUCUCUGGAAUAAUGAAUUGAACCGUUUCACCGUCAUUUAUUUGGUUAAGUUUCACAGUGUGGUCCUAGAUUUGUUUGUCAUGCAAAAUACUCCCUUCAUUCCAAAUUAUAAAUCAUUUUGCUUUUUCUAGAUAUAUAGAUUUUGCUAUUCAUCUAUAUGUACGCCAUAUCUAGAUACAUAAUAAAAAUUCUGUAUUUAGAAAAUUCAAAAUGACCUAUAAUGUGGAAAGGAGGGAGUAGGUAGGUUCUACUCUUCCUUGCAAAAGAAAAAAAAGUUAGGUAGGUUCUACUCUUGCCACAGGAUUGCUUCUAAGUAGCUGGCCACGACCUUAUACAGAUACAUCUUGAAGUAUGAAAAUUCUCAUGAGGUGAGUUUGUAGUAAGGAUCUGCAGUCCCUUAGAAUUAUCAUUAUAGUCGCAGUCAGCAUAGACUGUUAACCCGUUGGCUGACAACAUAGUAUGUUCAUGAACUUUGCCUAAUAGUUUCUCACUUUCUCUGUACAACUAUUGCAAAUAUCAAACAUUAAGAACCAUGACCUGAUUUACUUUUACAAGAAAAUAAUCGAGGCAUGGCAUCAAAGAACCUUAGAGCAUCUCCAACGGAGCUCUUAUCCAAUCCAAGACCUUACUUUGAGGGCAAAAUUGAUGAAAAGUCAAUCUUCAACCAGCCCUCUAUCCCUCAUUUUAGAGAUGAGAGGCCUCGACCUCACCUAGCCCCUAUCUAAUUUAUCGUAUCAACAGUUGUGCCUUACACGUCGCCCCGAACUUGCUCCAACCACAAGGCUGCCAUGGGCGCUGCCCCGGAGUUGGUGACGAUGAUGGACUCUCCGGCCUCCAUGGUCGCCAUGGCGGAGUGGGGGGCUCGGCCAUGGCUAGGGGAGAGAGGGAGCUCGGGUCUCAAGCAUAGAGGGAGACAGGGAGAAGGAAUAGGAGCUGGUGUGCGCUGAGCAGAAAAGAGAUGGAGAUGGGUAUGUUGAUGUGUGAAGUAUAGGAGGGCAAAUAUGAUUAUGAGGGGGUGGUAUGUAGGGUUUGUGUCUAAGAGACCUCCUAUUUAGAGAAGCAAGUGGCAAAAAAUAGAGAGGUCGGCUGGAGAUGCUCUUAUCAUAUUUUUUGUUACAACACCAACAAGUUAUAUGAAGAGAAGUUCCGAAAUAUAGAACCCUCCCGGUUUCAAUUCCCUUAUUUAUUUAUAUGCGUACCUCAUACAGUGUAGGCACAAAAUUUAGCGAAACGAAUGGAACCAUAAACACCAUGACAUCAUAGAGAAGGCCUCCAUCAAACUCGCUGACAGCUCCGGGAACACCCGAGUUGGACGGAAGUCUUUGUUGAGGCAAACAGCGGUCGCCCGGCCUUCCAACACGAGCUGCCAAGAUUAGCAAAUAAAGGUGUGAUGAGACAUAUACUUACGAUAACAUGCUACCAGUUCAUGUGAUGUACCUUACGAUCCGGCAGGGUCUCGAUCAUGUGCUCCA